AUGACAUACCGGGGCUCCUUGCCUUCGGGGCAGGCCUUCAAUGGCCAGCAGCAAGUCCCCCAACCCUACCACGAUCCCUACGGCAAUAGCAAUGGCAAUGGCGGCGGGAGUGGGAAUGGCCAAACCCCGAACUACGCGAACGCUGCAUAUGGCACUCACGGUCAAGCGCAACCGAUUCAUGGCAGUUACCAUCGACCACCUGCCCAAGCUCCGACUCCUAUUCUUCCUGCGCCUACGCCGAUGAAUAUGCAGGCCAACGGAUAUGGGCAGUUCCCUGCGUAUGGCGGCACCUUCCCGCAGCAACAACAGCAGCAGCAGCCGCCGCAAUACCCCCACCAUCACCAACUCCAGCAGCCCUUUCCUCACGGGAAUACGAUGAACGUACAGUUUGCGCCUCCUCACUCGCCCUUCGUCCAAACCACACACGCCUCGCGUUCUCCUGCGCUUGCGCCUGCACCGACCCCGACACCGACGCCGCCAAUUUAUGCUGACUAUCAGCCGACGCAACAGCCGCAACAGCCGCAACAUCAAGCGCAAUUCCAACCUCACUUCCAACAACAGCCUCAAGCGCCAUCUCAACCACCGCAGCAGUUGCAGCAGCUACAGCAACAGCGUAGCCCCCAAGUCUUUCCGGCGGUACCACAAUAUGCCCAGUUCUCUCAGCCGCCCAUGGGUCAAACUCAGGCUGUGCCGGUCCUGAACCAGGCUUUUGCCGAACCUUCUCCAGUCCAACCUAGCCCCGAGCCUCACUUUGCCAACUCGCCAACUGUUCAGCCGGCACGAUCUCCUAGUAUAGCUAGAAAGUCACCUGCGAUAUCCUCGAUGAACUCUCCGGCCAUAUCAUCCAGAGGCUCUCCCGCCUUAUCGACGAAAGCAAGGUCUUACGACACGACGACGAUCCUUGUUCACGUGGCAGAAGAGUGUUUCGAGAAGGCGCGCCGUGGUGUACAAAGAGUGGCGGUAUCUGGAUCAGACGAGCAAGUGCGCGAGUACCAAAAGUUGAUUACAACUGGUCUGGCGUGUCUCGAGGCUGCAUUCCAAAGCAAUCGACUGUCUCCGAGACAAGAGGCGAAAGCAAGGUUGAGAUAUGCGUCUAUCUUGUGUGAUGAAACUGAGAAUCUUCAAGAGGCAGAAACAGCCUUGAGCAAGGGCAUCACCAUCUGCGACAAGGCCACGUUCCAUGUCCAUGCGGGUAGUCCACCCGAUGCGGCAGUGCUGGACAACUUGCGCGCUAUUGCCGUCUUAGCGGGCGAGCGAGGGGACAACGCGAUGGUUGUCUUCGCCUCCCUCUUGGAAGGCUUGUCGGUGCUGAGGAACAUGCGCCCUGACACCAUCGAACGAGUGCAAACUUGUCUGGCGCAAGCCACAAAGUUUCAAUUGGACCCCUCCGUUCAGAUUCCGCAGCUGGAUGUUUUGACGCUGUUGCUCGACCUUGCGUGUAGCAUGCAUCAGAAAACACCCGAUAUCUUGAUUCACAAACUGAGAACACUUCAAGCAAAGCUUGAUGCAAACUUGGGAUCCCAGACAUGGACUGAUCUGAACCCUGAGAUCUUGAUCCCUGUUAAGAGACAUAGCUCAACCUCUGCAACCCUCAGCGAUGACACGACUGCUAUCCUCCGAUCUGGGCCAAUUGACGGACAACACGAUUACGUUGUCAUGACUUUCCUGAACCGGCUGGAGAUUAUAGUAUUGACUCAAUGGCCAAAGGUCGAACAGUGCGUGGCACAACUGCAGCAGGCUAUCACACCAGCUGUGAAUGAAAUCUUUAGCGUAUUCUCGCUAUACCUCUCCGGGGUCUAUCAUCAAGGCACUGGUGAUUUGGAGACUGCUCUAUUGUUGUUCGAAGACGAGAGGUUGGGUAUCGAUGCAGGCCGUGGAGGUCCAGGUGGCAGAAAGCCUGCUAAGCUAGAGCUGUGCAUACUCGCUGCGCUGAACCGUAUCUGGAUCCUUCAAGAUUCAUCUUACCGGGACGAGAUGACAUCUACUGAGCUAUUGGACCAGUUGCGGCCGAUGUGCACGGAACAUCAAGACCCAGAUAUACGCACCGCCUUCAAUCUCGUACAGGCAACGGCUCAGACGAUGCCCCCGCCAUCUAUGCACCAAAUCAAAACGAGUAUAACGAACUCGUUGAAUGGGUCUCGGGUGACAGGUAACACGCACUGCCUGGCGAUAGCCCUCAGCAUCAUGCGGUCCAGACUGUUCGAUAAUGUGGUGGGCGAACAAGCUCUGAAAAGCGCAAGGGCAGCCUCGACACAGGCGAAGCGGAGUGGAAACUUGCUUUGGAUGAGUGUGGCGGACGGUAUGCUGGCUGAUUCUUUUGAAGUCCAAGCACUCUUUGCAGACGCCGAAGCAGCGCGGCAGACGGCCACGGACUAUGCGUCUCACGCAUUCACUGGGAAGGAGUAG